GAAAAGGAUCAUCUCGCGUCUGGUCUCUCAUUAGGGUCGUUAGAGUCAUUUCGUUGCCACUUGCUGGGAUGGGGAGAAUGGACCAAGUGUAACGCCACGACUGUUGACAACGCGAAAAAGAGUCGCCAGCUUAUUGCUCCUUGCCUGAGCAAAAAAUACGAAGACUACGCCCCUUGUUUAUGUCCGUUGAGAGACUGUCCAUCGAUCGAAGUUAAAGAAAACCUCACGGCACCUGUAUGUAUGGAAAAUUCUACAGGAAAGAGUUUUCAGCGUCAACUGCUGCCCAUUUCGGAAAAGUCUUUGUAUCAUUCGAGGAAAGAUUUAGCUCUCGGAAGAAUAACUGAGUGCCUGCAUGAACAACUCGAACAUAACACAUAA